UUUAUCAUACUUUUGUUUUCUAGUUACUGUUCCAGUUCUUGUUAUGUUUUGCUUUUUACAUUGUACUUUUGUUUUUGUUGGCUGCUUCUUUUACAAUUCUAAGUACUCUUUCAUGUCUGGUUUCUUCUUUAAAGAAAGGAUUUUUGGUGUUCUUACUCUUGUAGAUUUUUUCAUGAGUGAAACUUUGAGUUGAAAAAUGGGUAUUUUGAUUUUGCUUGUAUCUGCUUAGUUUUGGGGUUUUCUUUUAAUUCACUUCUCUAAGAUCUAUAAUGGACUCUAAAUGAAUCAAUGGGAUUAGAGAUGGAUACAUUAGAUCUGAGUCCCAACACUGUUCUUCCACCUCCUCGACAAUGUUCGAACAUCGAGAAGCGAUAUCCGAAAGCAAAACCGGGUCGUAAAGAUGAGAUAUUGAAGGUAAAGGAAGGGUUUACCGAAAUCAGCUUUCGCCGUUACCGUAGUGCUUCUUGUAAGAACAUGCAAUGUAGAUCUAUUGGGGCGGAAAGUAAUGCUGAGUUAAAGCGUGGAUCUAUAUAUCAAAGCUCUAAAGAGGUAAGUAAAAUGAAAAAGACAGGUACCGUCGAGGGCCGGAGGAAAAUUGAAUUGUCGCGUAGUAGUGAUACGUCUUAUUCGUUUAGGUUUGUCGAUUCUCUAUGUAAUUCAGAAGAUGAAAGGAACUCACUGAUGUCUGUUGGCUCAAACUUGAAAUCAGGUUCGGUUAACAAACCUUAUGUCGAGCCAUGUUCAUCGAGUGGCUUUAUUGAAAUCUGCUUAAGUUCGGAUAAUAAAAAUUUAGAUAAGAGAGGGAAACAGUUGGUGGAAAGUGUCAGGAUAGGUAACAAGAAGGAUGUAAGUUUCGAAUGUGAACCGGUUGUUCGUCCUUUAGAUGAUGGGAAUGAUCUUCUUGAAGAAGACACGGUUUGGAAACUGCAUAAGUCGAUAUCUGCUAAGGUGGAAGCAUCUUAUUCGCCAUCAUCAUCGGAAAGUGACCGGUUUUCCUGGACCAGCUCAAGGCCUAGAUUUAGUCCUAUUAAAAAGAUGUUUGAUCCGUUCAUGAAAUCGAAGUCACUGCGAAGUCCGUUGGGUUAUGCAGCAGAAGCCGGGAUGGAAAAUGCUAGGAGAAAUAAGACAUUCCGGAAAUCUUUGUUACAUGACUUCUCUCAUUCACCUCGGAAUUCUGAACCGGAUUCCUUGUUCACUACGAAAGAUAGCGUUCAAUCACCAACGGCAAGUUCACCAGUUCACCUACAUGGUUGUCUUAAGUUGGGAGUGAAACAUGGGAUGCCAACUUUCGAGUUCUCAAUGAAUCAACCGGAAGAUGUUGUUUUUCUGGCCAAACAAUGGAAACAAGAUAAUGCUUUCAAUUGGGUAUAUACAUUUCACUCAGUCGGCAAUAGAAAGAAGAGCAAUGCGAGUAUAUGGGGAUUGAGUGAUAGUAGCAAAGAUUCUUCGAUUGUUGCGCAGAUGCAAGUCUCGUGCUGUUUGUGCUCAGAAAUUAAAGAUAAUGGGGUUCUUGAAAACUCCAUGGUUACAGAAUUUGUUUUGUAUGACAUUGCCAAUGCGAGACAGCGUGUUUCCAUCCAAGAAUCCCCUGAUGUUCGUAAAACCCGGGUCUGUCCUAGUCCAGGCUCAGAUGUGGGUUGUUAUGAAUCAGAUGAUGGCUCUAAUGCAGUGAAGCUUAAAGAUCAUUUAAAUGUUGCUUCAGACAGCGAUGAGGUUGAAUCCGUAAAUGGAUCAACUCCAUUGUUACCUGUGAAUUUGCACCCGAGCCUUGAAACUGCCGCCGUAGUCAUUCAAGUUCCAUUUAAGAAGAGAGAGAGCUUGAAAUACAGACGAGGCAAUAAAAUAGGCUAUACGAGGCAUUUAAACCUACUCAAUCUCUCUAUGGUCGAAGAAUGCAAAAGCAACGUACAAGAUAGCAAGAUCCAAGAAAAGGUGAAGGUGGUUAUUCCGACCGGAAACCAUGGAUAUCCUAGUACCGAGACUUCAGGUCCUUCAUCGUUACUCGAUAGGUGGAGGAAUGGAGGAGGCUGCGAUUGCGGUGGCUGGGACAUGGCUUGUCCCCUUGUAGUUUUCGGCAACCCGAGUAUAAAUUGUUCCGAAGAUCAACUGUUAGUGGACAGUGAGCAGCCUUUUGAACUUUUUCUUCAGGGUGCCAAAGAGAAUACACCGGCAUUGACCAUGACAGCCAUCGAAGGAAGGUAUGCGGUUGAUUUCCAUGCAAAGUUGUCCGCAUUACAAGCGUUUUCCAUUUGUGUCGCCAUAUUGCACGGUAGUGAAACCCCCACGGCUACCAGUGAACCACAAACCAAUCAUUUGCCCGAAUGCAAUUCACUGAAAUCAUUUCUCGAGGAUGAAGUGAAAUUCUUAGUUGAAGCGGUCACGGAAGAGGAGAAGAAGAAAAAAGCCGGCAAAAGAGCGGUACCAAUCCCACCAUCCUACGUGAUUAACCCUCCCUUCUCUCCAAUCGCUCGUGUUUAGACAUCGAAAAGCAAGGGGUUACUGUAUAGGGGGAUAUCAUACAUCUUACUCGGUAAAUCGGAAUGCACAUUCGAUAAUCCGAGUUCCUCGAGGACACAAAUUUCUUCAUUGCACUAUUGGUUCAUUCUUGAGUUCCAUAAUUAGAGAAUUAGAAUAGGGAAAAAAAAAACACCAUACUGUUCAUAUUGUAACUUUGAUAGCAAGGCAAAAAUAGAAAUAGUGAUGUAGCUGUUGAGACUGUGGAGCUAUGAGGGGCAGUAAAUCAUAGAAAUUUUUUACCUGAAAAAA